GUGCAACAGCUUGUGAGGUUAGAUUAGAGGUUAAAGUCACAAGUUUAUAAACGUUACGGAAUUGUUUGAUAAAAAUGAAAACAAAACAGCAGCAGGGUAAAAGGUAUUCUCAGUCAGUGAUUAAUGAUGUAAUACAUGCUAUUCACCGAGGGAUUCCGAUUAGACGAGCCAGCAAAAUAUAUGGAAUUCCAAAAACUACGCUGCAUGAUAAAUUUAAAAACAAAUCACAAAUUGAAUCUACAAUGGGACCAUCGACUAUUCUGUCUUCAGAAGAAGAAACCCAGUUAGUUAAUUGGAUAUUGUAUAUCAGUGAAAGAGGCUUUCCGGUGACCAAGGAACAAUUGUUAGACAGUGUGCAAAAAUUAAUGAAGCAGUUACAGAAAGAAAAUCCUUUUACGAACAACAGGCCUGGACGUCAUUGGUAUGAAUCAUUUAUUCAUCGACACCCUGAGCUAUCACAUCGACAGAUGUGCACAGAAUUUAACGACUAUCAGAGCAUCAGUUAAUGAAGAUUGUUUGAGAAAGUGGUUUCAUGAAGUUCGUCAAUACUUGUUAAAGAAAGAAUUGCUCUCUAUUGAUGCUUCACGGUAUUUUAAUUGUGAUGAAAGCUCCUUUUUAUUAUGUCCGAAAGCAGAGCAAGUUAUUGUUAAAAAAGGUGCUAAAUCAGUAUACAAAAUUGUAAAUGCUGACGAAAAAGAGGCACUGACAACAUUAGUAAUGAUUAGCGCUUCCGGAGUUAUGGCACCUCCGAUGAUAAUGUAUGCUUAUAAAAGAAUACCAGCAACUAUAACACAGAAUAUCCCCAAAGGAUGGAGCAUUGGAACUUCAGACAGAGGAUGGAUGACUGCUGAGUCAUUUUAUGAAUAUAUUACUAACGUAUUUUACCUGUGGCUGAAAACCAAUAAUAUUGUAUUUCCCGUCGUAUUAUUCAUGGAUGGACAUUCCUCACACUUGACAUUGCCUUUGAGUAAUUUUUGUCGACAGCAUGAAAUAGAGUUAAUAGCUCUAUAUCCAAACGCCACGCACAUUUUACAGCCAUUAGAUGUAGCGGUUUUCCAUCCUUUAAAAAUGGUUUGGAAGAAGACUGUCAAUAAUUGGAGAUUAGAAAAUAAUGGAGAACGCCUCAAAAAAGACAUGUUUGCCCCACUGUUCAAAAAGACUCUUGAUUCAAUAGAUCUUACUUCUAUGGCUAAAAAUGGAUUUCAAACGUGUGGACUCUAUCCUUUUACACCUAAUGCUGUGGAUUUUAAUAUUUUAAACAAACAAAAGAAAUCCAAGAACCUAAUCAAUACUGAACCUAAUCAAACAGAUUCGCUAAAACAGUUUAUUAGCUUUUUUGAACGUCAAUUGUCAGAAGAAAUGCUCCAAACAUUUAAAGCGGCGGAGAUAGGAGUUUGGAAUGGUGAAAUUAAAAAUGAAGGUCUUUUUCAACACUGGCUGAAGAUUAAGGGUAAUGUUGAUUGUGAUAAGCCUAGAAAAGAUACUUUUAACAGCAAUGAAGAACAAAGAAUCGAACAGAUAGCUACGAAACAGAAUCGAAACGCGACAAAUGAUUAUGUUCAAGAAACAUUGUAUAUAGAUAAAGAAAUUCCGGCCAUUUUAUUAGAUGAUAUCCAUAAAUCUACAGACACUAACAGUAUUUCAGCAAAUGAAAUAGCAAUUAUUCAGCCUGAAGAAUCGCAACCAAUUAUCAUUGAGCUUUUGGAAUCUCAGGAACAAAAUACGUUUGAAAAUACUACGGUUCCGCUAACAGGUUCUAAAUCUGACAUCGUCUUUGAUAAUUUGGAAUCGCAGGAAAACAAUAAAAACAUUCAAAAUAUUUCCGGUAAAUAA